AAGCGAAUUGUUGCAAACCACCGUAAGCAACAAAUUUAUAAGCGUGCAGUAGAAACUUGUGAAAAGAAUUUAAAGCAGCAGGGUAUUAGGAGAAAAAACAUGCACGGCUAUAUAUCAGAAGAUACCCUGGUAGAGGUUCCGGCAGCUGUGAUAUGGGAGGUCUACCGCGGUCUCCAACUCGGAAAGCUCGUUAAUGAGCUGCUACGAGAUGUUAUCGGCGAGGUAGAAGUUGUCCAAGGUGAUGGAAGCGUUGGAACUAUUGUGAAGGUCACAUUCCCUCCAGGAACUCCUGGACCUAGUUAUAUGAAGGAAAUGUUUACAAAAAUUGAUGACGAGAUACGCUUGAAGGAAACAGAAAUUAUUGAAGGAGGAUUCAAAGAAGUUGGGUUUGAUCUUUAUCGAAUUCGUUUGCAAAUACUUGAGAAAGAUGCCGAAUCAUCUAUUGUCAAGUCGUCAGUAGAGUAUGAAAUUGAUGACAAGCUUGAAGAAAUUGCUUCUCAGGUGACUACCCAGCCUUUGAAGAUAAUGGCAGAAGUUAUUGGCAAAUAUCUCAAAGAAAGGAGCUCCACUUAACUAGGAUAUGUGCUAUCCAACUACUCCGAACUGUUAUUUUCAUAUAAUGUUUGUCUACCUUAGCGUCCUAUUAGAAAAGUCACAUGCGCGUGCAUGUGUGUUUGUAUGCGUGUUUGUGUGUAUAUAUAUAU